AUGACGAGCCCAAGGCGCACUAAUAGACGUCGUAAUACCCCCCGGAGGACCCCAUCCACACCUGCACCCCCACCGUCGGAGGAUUCCGAGGAGAGACUGGGUACCGCUGAGGAGGAGAACCUACCACAAGCGGAGAGCUCUGAGGCCCAGGAGUACCAAUCGGUCAAUGCUGGGGAUGGAGAUAGGGUCGAGGAUAUCGACGAGGGCGCCGUCAUCAAAGAGGGAUCCGUGGAGGCUAUACACCAACGACCUUCGGCCCGCAAACUGCUGGAGUCAGUCCUCAAUCCUGUGGGUUAUGCUCGCCGUGAGGAAUCUGUGAUCAACCAGAUCCUGGCGGCAACUCAGUAUGCUCAAUGGUGUGGUUACGAGGACAUUAGAUGGUGGACGUGGUCCAAGUCACCGUGGAGUCUAAGCAGAUAUGUUGCUAAAGGCUGGGACAAGUCCUUAUCGGAGAGCCAGGGGACGGCAUUCCUGAAGGCCUUACGAGAGUUCGUGUCGGAGUUGGAGAACUACCACUCUAUGGACGCAGCCCUCAUAGCGGCAGUAUUAAUCUGUUACUAUUCACGACCCGAUGAGCCGAGCUCGAGACGACCACGGAUAGAUGCUGCCAUCACCUUUUUUGUUGAUACUCCAUAUUCCGACUCCUUCCUCAGCAACCUCAAUGACCUGAGAGAAGGUGGUGGUCCCAAAUGGAAAGCUCCUACUUCAGCGCAACGAGAAGCGGCGCUGGCUCGGCUGAGAUCUACUGAUGAU